ACUUCUUUUCUUUUUUCUCUUAAUUAAUUCUUUCCUAUUUUCAACCAUUUCUUUGGCAAUCAAUUACAGUAUUAUACGGUUUUUUUCUUUCUUUCUUUGCAUGUCAUAUUGUUUCUUGGGAUUGGUUAGACUGCGGUGGAGACUGGAGAUACAAUUGUUCCUCUUACUUGAUAUUUCCUUUAUUUAUAAUUAUUUUCCAAUUUACUCUUCAGAUGACAUCUAAAUUUGCAUAAAGACGUGCUGUUCUUUUUUUUUUCUUUUUUUUUUUUUUUUGAGUUGAGGAACUGUUCUAUGGUUGCAAUUAUAUUUUGGAAAAAUAAAUGGACGAUUGAGAAAAGAUGGAACGAUCUUUGGUUUGUUUUAUAAAAUAAUUAUUAAAAAAAAAAAAACUGAAGGAAGAUAAAAAAAGAUGGAUCUUAUAAGGAUGGCUGUUUGCAGCGUGAAAAAGAACAGAAAAGCAAACAAAUUAAUGAUCGUUUAUGAGAAUUUAUGAAUUUGAAUUGUGGGGUUAAUAUAUGUGGUUUGUACUCAGUAAUUUUACUAUCAUAAUUCACCUUUGUAAACAUAAAUCCAACCAUAUAAUUUUCAAAUACAAAAACCAAGAAAUUCCCUCAAUUGGGAGUGUAUUAGAGUUUCAUCUAUUUUCUUGAUCUUGUAGGAGUGUUUCUGGUUAGUCUUGAAGCUUGAAAAUGGCGUCAAUUCAUCCGUCGGAGCUUGACUCCAACGCCACCGACUCAGUAGCGUCGUCGCCGAGAUCCGACCACCACUUUAACUUAUCUAACGACCCACAUGCUCGAGUUCGAUUCAUGUGCAGCUUCGGUGGCAAUAUCUUACCCCGACCGCACGAUAAUCAACUCCGAUACGUCGGUGGCGAGACUCGCAUUGUUGCUGUUCAACGCUCCACCACUUUCUCCCACUUCCUUGCCAAACUCGCUAAGAUCACUGGUACAAUUAACAUGAGCAUAAAGUACCAGCUUCCCAAUGAAGAUCUCGACGCCUUGAUUUCAGUGUCAACAGACGAGGAUGUGGAAAAUAUGAUGGACGAGUACGACCGGCUUGUACAGAAUCACAAUCCGAAAUCGGCGAGGCUCCGAUUGUUUCUGUUUCCUAGAGGGGAAGAUUCCAGAGCCAGUAGUAUUAAUUCCCUGCUCGGCGGUUCUACAAAUCGGGAUCACUGGUUCCUUGACGCUCUCAACGGCGGCGCUCCAGUGCCAGAGCUUGAGCGUGGUCGGUCGGAAGUUUCAUCCAUCGUCUCUGAAGUACCGGACUAUUUGUUUGGUCUGGACAAUCAGGACGAUACUUCGACUCAUUCACGAGAACCCAAAUCGAAGAGCCGAUUUAAUUUGAAUCCGUCUGAGAAUGUUUCGGUUUCGGAUCCUGGAUCGCCUUCCCCUAUUUUGCCGUCAGCGACUUGUGUGACUUCGAUGCCCAAUCUUCCCCCAGUUAAAACCCGUCCCGAUACGCCGUCGCCGAGGUCAGAGCCGGUGGAUAAAACGCCGGAGAAUUGUGAACCUCCGGCUAUACCGUUCUCUCAACCGCCCGGGUAUCCGAAUAAUCCGAUGAUGCAUUAUUUCCCGGGAACAAAUUAUCCGGGUCACCACCAACAGGUUGUAUACGUUCUUCCCGGACAGAUUCCGCCUGGAAAUGUUCCGGUCCAGCAUAUUCCGAUCCAGACUCAGCCGUCGUACGUUCAACAAUUCCAACCGGUAGGUGGAGGUCAAGUGCCCUUAACAUAUCACCACCCAGUUACGAUGGGCGGUCAAGUGUACGGCGGAGGAAUGGGUCCGGUAAGUGGUUACGAUCCACAGGCGGAGGUGGCGAGGAUGGCUGCUGAUGGGGUAAGUCAGCAGAUGUAUUAUGGAGUCCAAAAUGCUACGAGGGCUCCCCCAUAUGCGAUGGGUAUGAUGGGAGGUCCGGUGGCGGAAGAAGUACGGGGAAGUGGAUCGGAAACAAGAACAGGUAGCAGAGUAUCGCCAUAGCAAUAGCAAGAGAAGGUUGAAAGUGAAUAUGAUUUUGGUUGCGCAAUUUGAUUAAAAUUGGGAUUUGUAAUUAGUGGUUAAUUUUGGGUGUUGGUUGGUUGAUUAAACGGUGUAAUCAUACUCUAAAAUCUGUGUUUUGAAGAUGCAAAUACAAUAUUCUUACUUCUACUUUUUAUAAAUAAAUAACUCAUUUUCUUAUCAA